AUGGUGGAUGUCAACGUUCCAGCUCUGGGUACCUCAGAGUGCAGUGUGCCUACUAAUGAGCGCAAGAAGGAAGUGCGCAGACGACAACGUCAAACGUUGUCCUGUCUACCAUGCCGUCGACUCAAGGUGAAAUGUGACAGAGGACGGCCUUGUGGACACUGUGUCUGGAGUGAUAGAGCUGCGAGUUGUCGGUACGCACCUUUCCCCCGGAACACAGAGAACUCAAGCUCGCCGGCGGAUGGAUCAUCUGGUGAGGACCAGAUCAAAGCCUCCAAGGCAAUCAAUCCACCAGCUAUUCAUCCAAAGCCAAAGCAUCCUCUGCUUCCGAAGAGACCAGAGCUCCAGAAUGGGGAUUCUGAUAGGCAUUCUCCUUCUGUUUCUGAUUCCACUUCAUCGAAAACCUUGGACAUAUCGUCAAGGAAAGAAGAAUGCGGAGGGAACCAGCAUAACUUUUAUGAUCUCCAUGUCGUAUGGAAAUCGAAGUUUAGAGGUGCAACUCAUUGGUCUAGUGUUCUGCGCGAGGUGCGCGCUGUUCUACAUGAGUUUGAGACAAAUCUGCCAUUUUUCAAUGGCAAAUAUGAAACUAGAGACUGUAGUAUCGUGAAGCUGCUUGGCGCUAUCAGAAGUCCUUUCUGCUCAACGGUACCACCUCUUAACUAUCCCCUUGGACUCGGUUAUAACAGUCAUUCUCCCUCAAAAGACGAGAUUUUGACCUAUGUACCCGAUCGCCUAAGAACAGCGUCACUUAUAGAGAACUACCUGGAAACAAUUGAACGGACGCAUCCACUCUUGCAUGUUCCGACCUUUAGGGACGAACUGUCACGGUUCUGGGCGAAUCCCGCUGCCGUCGACGAUAGCUGGCUAGCUCAGCUACUAGUGAUGCUUGCUCUUGGAUAUGAAGCCAGCAAGAGCGAUGAUCAAGUUUCAACACCCAGAGACACGGAGGACGAGGUGCUGCAGAAAUUCUUCCAGGGAGCGGAAACAUGUCUCAAGAGCACUCCUUUCCUGAUCGCCCCCAACCUCACCACCCUGCGAACACUCUGUAUGAUGGUUCUUGCCAAGCGGACUACCGCAUCCAGUUGCCUCGAAUUAGAUUCAUGUGGUCCCCUCAUGAGCACUAUUGUUCGACUCGCUAUGUCGAUCGGCCUUCAUUGUGACCCGCGAGACGACGACAACAUAUCCCCUUUCGAAAAAGAAAUCCGCCGGCGACUCUGGACUACCAUCGUAUUCAUGGAAAUCCAAAUGUCGAUAUCGACUGGGAUGCCGCUUCUUCUCCGGUCUUCCGGCUUCAAUACACAACCUCCAGCAAAUGUCAACGAUGUGGACCUAAGCCCAUCUAUCCCGCUGCACAUGGCAAUCAGACCGUCGAUGGAAUACACAGACUCGACGUUCCAGAUCAUUUUGGCGCGAUCUUUUGGUAUAGCGGUUGAUGUGGUCUCUCAUGCUAACUCUCCAGCUGGCGUCUUUGAAUACGACCAGGUGCUUCGUUAUGGUGCUGAGAUCAAGCAGCUCCUCUACGAAGCUUCGCAGGUAUACGACUGGACUCCUUCAGCUACGAAAGAAGACUGGAAGUAUCUUCAGAAAUUCACGUUGGAAAUCUUCCUGCGGCGAUUAUUGCUCGUCCUACACUCGUAUUACGGCCAGAAACCAGAAGCGCACACCCAGUAUGAAAUAUCUUACUGGUCAACCCUGGAAUGCUCGCUUGCGCUUCUUGUUCUCCAACGCCAGAUGUCGGAGGACUUGAGCACUCCCAAGACCCGCGUCUGGCUGGCCGAAUUCCUCAAACAUGAUUUUUAUAUCGCAACGCUGAUCGUGUGUCUCCAAGUGGCACGGAACGAUGCUCUCGGGGUGGACGAAACCGGGGGGAUGCGCCACCAAGGCAUCGAGAUGCCCCCGAGGCAGACCAUCAUCCAGACUCUGCAAUGCUGCCGAGAGAUCUGGGCGCGGAGGAUCUGCCGCUCGCACUGUCACUUCAUGAUACACAUGACGAUUGGCAGGCUGAUCGCGACGCUUGAAUCCCAAAAUCAGAAGAAAUCCUCGUCCCUCCCAGAGCAGACGGUGUGUAUGCAAGACAGUCUCGAGGCCUUGAGACAGUGUCAAUGUGGCAAUUGCAGGUCCAGGCCCAGGACUGUGAAGGAUUUCUACCUGAACCAGACGGUGAUGGGUUCGUAG